GUUUUUUUAUAAGUGUACUUACUUUAAACCCGUGCUAUAGAAAAUACCAAGAUGGGUUUAGGGUGUUGUUCAAUAAGAGCGUUUUAUAUUUAUGUACUUAUUUCUAUAGGACUGCUUGUUGGAAGUUUAGUUAUUGCAUUUAGUGUAGUGCCUCCACUUAUAAAAACACUAGUAGAAGAGAAUGUUAGACUGGAGAAUAAUACAGAACAAUGGGAAAGGUUUAUAAAACUACCAUUUUCUGUUGAUUUUAAAGUUUAUUUUUUUGAAGUUACCAAUCCAGAGGAGGUUCUAACUAAGAAAAAAAAACCAAUAUUACAAGAAAAAGGUCCAUAUACAUAUAAGCAAACAAGGUCAAAAACAGUUAUAUCUCAAGAUGAUGAUGAGGAUACCGUCACUUAUGAAGAAUAUUUAGAUUUUAAAUUUUCUCCUGAAGAUUCAGUUGGAAUGGACAAUGAUAGCGUACAAGUUUUUAAUACUCCAAUGCUGGCUGUGAUACAAAAAUCCGACGAACUUAGCCUGAUAGAAAGGCUGGCACUUAGCAGUCAAAUGGGAGCAAUAUUUAAGGGCCAGAGUUUAAUUCAAUAUUUUGAAAUAAAAAAAAUAUUGUUUGAGGGAUUAGAAUUUGCAAAAAAACAAGAUUGUAAGGGUACACGUGUAUGUAGCGUAGUCAGAUCAAGGCUUAUUAAAAAAGCCAAAGUUAUUAAAAACAUUAAGGAAGAAGAUGAUGCAUUAAAAUUCUCAUUCUUUAAUUAUAAAUUAAAUAAACCUGAUGGCAACCUUACAGUAAAAAGGGGACUUCAUGAUAUCCAUUCGUUGGGAAACAUAAUAAAAUGGAAAAAUGUAACUGAUUUAAGUAUCUGGGGAAAUCCAAAAUCUACAAAUAACCAAAAAUGUUCAAGGGUACGCGGUACCGAUUCAACACUGUUUCAUCCUGAUAUUGAAUCGUCCAGCGUUUCUGAAAUAUUUUCUACAGAUCUUUGCAGAGCCGUUGACAUUAAUUACUCGGGGAAAGAUUCUUACAAAGGAAUUGAAGGAUUUCGUUUUCAAAUCGACAAAAAUACUGUUUGGUUUAAAACAAACACAUCAGAAGAAGAUUGCUUUUGUACCAAACAAACUAAAAAUAUGAAUAAUGAGAAAGAUUGUUUUCUUGAUGGAAUUGUUGACAUGCAACCGUGCAUUGGUAGUCCCAUUUUAUUUUCUCUUCCACAUUUUCUGCACGCGGAUAAAAAAUAUAUAAACACAGUCGAAGGAAUUGACCCUCCAGUACCAGAAAAUUUUGAAACAUUUUUAGUAGUGGAGCCGAACACGGGUGUUCCAUUGAAAGGGACGAAAAGGUUUCAGUUAAAUAUGGUAUUGAGACCACAGAAAAAUUUUAAGGAAACAAAAAAUUUAAUAACAGCCGUUGUUCCACUUUUGUGGAUCGAAGAGGGUAUUGAGCUUCCGGAAAAAUACGUGCAAGAAUUAAGGGAAAUUUAUUUUGACAAAGUUAAAAUAGCCGAUAUUGCAAAAUAUACAUUUAUUGCACUAACUGCUUUAGCAACAUGUGCUUCGGGUGGAUUUUUAAUUUAUAAGAUCAGGAAAUCAAAACUUACAGAGGCUUAA